CCAGCUAGCUGCUGUCGUGUGUGUCGAUGACAGUCGCGUUGUCAUCUGUUCGAAGUGACCGUGCGAUGUUACUUGAGGAGCUAACCGGGCUACCGGCGGCCGACACUUAACGUCGCGCAGUGCGUUUUUUUCGUGAGACUGUGAAUUGCAUAUAAUCGAAGAAAAGAAAGAAAAUAACGUAACGCUAACGGACACGUAUCGAGAAAGAGAGACGAGGAGUGAGAAAAGACACAGUGUGAGAGAGCGUGAAAGACAGCGAGAGAGAGAGAGAGAGAGAGAGAAGAAAGAGAGCGAGAAAGAGUGGGAGGGAGAGAGAGAGAGAGAGAGAGGACGGGCAUUUGCGGAACAGGACUUCAUCGUGCCCACGGCCGAAGUAACGUGGAACUUCGGUUCCACGUACCGCCGCCGUCGGUCGGUUCCGGCUACUUUUCUCUCCGUUCUCACGACGAAUCUCCAAGUCACGCGGAGAGCGAAGGAAAAAACGGACCGUCGCGGUAGCACCGUGCGCGGCAGUGCAGCAGCAGCGUACCAAGAUGCUGUCGUCAGUGUCAGCGAAAUAAUAAUGUGGUGCGACGUCAGUCAGCAUAAAACUAAUGAAAGGGAAGAUGUUUUGGGCCUAAAGAGUUGUGCAAUGAUGGGUCUGCAGGCGACGGCAGGAAAACGCAAAUUGGAGGGUGGUGUCGGCUGUAUGGAAUUCCACAUGGACUUAGGCGAGAGUCCGUCGAAGCUCGGACGCGUGGAUGGUAGCUGGUGGGCGAUGGACGACAGUUACGGGCCGCCCCUGAACCAGACAUCGACGUCAUAUUACGAGAUGGAAGUGAGCUCGCCCUGCCUACAGGCGACGAACUCGUGCCAGCCCUCGACGACGAGUCAACAGCAGCAGCAGCAGUCACAACAACAACAGCAACAGCAGCAACAACAACAACAAUCACCGGCGUCAUCCUCGACAUCGGCCUCGUCCACAGUGACGCAGUUGCAUCAUCACACGCAACAUUAUUAUCACCAUCAACGCGCCACCGUCAGUCCUAUCGGCAGCAACGGUUAUAGCCAGCUAUCGAGAUCUCAGCCGCAAUGGGUUGCCCUUCAUCAUUACGAACCGCCAACGAUACGUCGAGAAGAAAAUGGCAAGAGCUAUCUGGAGCUCGGUUCAAGUUACCGAGCGAACGAGCGGUGUUGCGAAGGUUCCAAGUCCAGCUGGUGUCGGCGCGGCCGGGCCUGUUACAGGCAGCGGCGACUCGCCGUGCUUAACAUUUCGAUGUGCAAACUCGCCAGGUACCGCCAAUUCCCGGAUCCGAGCCUCCACCGAUCUGUACUGAUCUGCAAUACUUUGAGACACUUGGAACGUGAGAUGGAAAGGGACAGGAGUCCACCACCUAUGGAGCCGGUCGUGCCGGCGCCAAUCGCUCAACUGCAACCGCCCGAACAGGGUAGGCUAACACCUUUCCCUGUGCCCCCAACGUCGUCGGGCGAGACCGACGUCGACUCUGGCAUCGGUGACAGCGACGACAGCCGAUCGAUCAAUUGGGGUAGUGUACUAUCUUUAUCGAGCCAGUCGCCGCUCGACCCGCUCAACAACAACGAACUACUGGAUGUGGACAUUGGGCCCGAUCUUGACCUGGAUUUUAUGCCCGGGUGGAAGUUGACGCCUCUUUCAGCGGAUGAUAUCCUAAGAAGUACAACGACGACCCAGGAACAGCAGCAUCAUCAUCAUCACCACCACCACCAUCAUCAUCACCAUCAACAUCAUCAUCAUCAGCAACAGCAGCAGCAACAGCAACAUCUGAUGUCGUCGGGGAGCAGUUGUGGUAGCAGCUGCGGUAAUAGCAAUGUCAUUGGAAGUGCCGGCGUCAGCAACGUUGGUAGCAGCAGUAGUACGCACGAGUCGUUGAUGUGUGUAGGAUCAUAG